AUGGCCGGGCUGGGAGUUCUGCUCUUCGUUUCCGGCGCCAUGGUCUUGUCAUUACUGGUCCUCGUGCCGAUCAUGUUUUUCACCACUGGGGCCGCUGUCGUUGUCUGGCUGUGGGGCGUGGGAGCGUGCUUGAUCUUCCAGCGAUUCCAACACAAAGAGCGCGUCGGCGGACCGACGAACCUGCAGGCUGAACUGGUGAAACCUGCCGGCAGCCGGCCUACAACUCCCCAGGGAGGAGGCAACUCAGGCGCUACGCACAACCCGCCACCCAGAGCCAACAACGGGAACUCUACUCCCGCAGCGAACAGACCACCGUCAGCACAACGUUCAUCGAGACCAGGCUCGGGGCUCAGCACAGCAGUUGCAGGACCGGGUCCGGGUCCAGGUCCAGCCUCAGCCUCAGCCUCAGCCUCGGGAGGACCUCUAAGCCCACGGCCCAUCAUGCCGCCCAGCCUAACUCCCGCUAGGAAGGCUGUGUCCAGAUCCCCAUCUCCCAAUCGCGAACCACACGGCACACCUAGCCCGGAACACCAAUCCUCGCCAACGAGCAGUCAAGUGCAGCAGAGAAGACCCGUCCCUAGCAUGUCUCCAUCGUCCGAUCAAUCUCCCGGUCCGAAAGGUGGAGCGGAUGCGAAGAUGAAUGGAAGCUCUCAGCACCUCCAACCCAGACAAGGACAGUCCACGUCAACUCCUCGACCCAUGUGUCCGAGUGGCACAGGCUCAUGGCAGGGCAACUCGGACCAACAAGCAAACAGUGACAACGACACCCAACCAGUGCAAGGAGAACAAAGAUCCAUGGGCCGACCACCGCCUCCUAACGAGCCCAUGCAGAAUGGAAUCGGAUAUACAAGCGGUAACGGCAACGGCGGACCUGGAAACGGAGCCUCAGGAGGCCCUCCUCCCCCUUCCCAACAACACAACCAUACCAAUCGGUAG